GAUGGCUUUGUUGGGCAUAUAAUUCUUUCAAUCUAGCAAAUCUGUUAUUGUGAUCGAGGAUAUUGAUUGUUCCCUUGAUCUCACCCUACAAAGGAGGAAGAAAACAGAGAAAGAAGAAGUACAAGAAGAAACCAAGGACCGAAGCAGAGACCUCCCAAAGAUGAAAGAGAGAAUAGAACGAAUCAGGUUACUCUUUCAGGGCUACUGAACUUCAUUGACGGUCUAUGGUCAGCUUGUGGGGGAGAAAGAAUCAUUGUUUUCACAUCAAUCAUGUCAAAAAACUCGAUCCAGCUUUGAUUCGAAAAGGAAGUUUGGUUAAACAUAUAGAGCUGUCAUACUGUGGAAAUGAAGCAUUCAAGGUGCUAGCUAAGAACUAUCUGAAACUUGAGUCACACCAUUUGUUUUCCAGGAUUUCUACGCUGUUGCAAGAUGCCAGGAUGACUCCGGCGGAUGUGACUGAGCAUUUGAUGCCGAAAACAGUAAGAAGGGAUGCUGAAAUUUACUUGGAAAGUCUGAUUAAGGGGCUUGAAUUGGUCAAGGAGGAGAGAUUGAAAGCUGUGGAAGAAGGGAAAGUGAAAGAAUCGAGUUCGAAGGACAAAGAAACCAAAAAACAUAAAUGGAGAGAAUUGGGCUUCAGAUGAAAGACAAGAAAGAAGAGAUUGCAGAAAUGGAGGAGAAUUCGGGUAGACGAGGGAAAGCAGAGGAAUGAAUUGGAUUCUAUGAC